AGACAAGCAUGGGCGUGAAAUGCCGUUCAGCCUAUGAGCGCAUUAAGCGUGACUAGUAUAAAAUCCAUCGCGCCAUUCCUCCUCCCUUCCUCCCCCGUUGCGUGUUGUUCUCCGCUGCCAGAAAUCGCCGCUCUUCGGGAGGUGAAGAUCAUCGGGCCGUGCUGCAGUAGCUUGAUUAGCUGCAAAUCCAUGGCCGAUUCCACAUCAAGCUCGACUUCUUUACCUCGAUUUGAGUGCGACGAAAAUGGUGGAACGACUGGUGCUGUUUCGCCCAAGUUUGCGGAGAUUAUCAUCGUUCGUCAUGGUGAAACUGAAUGGAAUGUUGUUCACAGAAUUCAGGGCCAACUGGAUGUGGACUUGAAUGAUGUUGGCAGACAGCAGGCAGUUGCAGUCGCUAAGCGGCUGUCAAGGGAACCUAAAAUAUCUGCAGUAUAUUCAUCUGAUUUGAAAAGGGCAUAUGAAACUGCAGAGGUUAUAGCCAAACAUUGUGGGGUACCUGAGGUGAUCAAAGAGCCAGGUUUUCGGGAAAGGCAUGUUGGUGACAUUCAAGGUGUUGUCUUUAGUGACAUUGCAAAGGUUAAUCCAAUUGCGUACAAAGCAUUUGUCUCUAAUCAAGAUGACCAAGAGAUUCCAGGCGGUGGGGAGAGCUUCAACCAACUGUAUGACCGGUGCACGUCAGCUUUGCAAAGGAUUGCACAGAAACAUCAAGGUGAAAGAGUGGUUGUAGUCUCACACGGCGGCACCAUACGAGCACUUCAUAGAAGGGCCUCUGGGAAGAAGCGGGCGGCGCAGAAGGUUCUCAACACUUCCGUCACCACACUUCAUGUGUCGAACAAGGACAAAUGGAGCAUCAUAAUGUGGGGCGACACUAGUCACCUCGACCUUACAGGUACGGGGUUUCUUCACUCUGGUUUCGGUGGAGAUGCGAAUUCUGCUUAGUUCCAUUUGGACGUUUUAGUUUUGAAAUAGGAGGAAGGGAUGGAUUAUUAGAUGGCUCACCAUUUUUUUUUGACUUGCACAAGCAUGAAAGAGCUUGAUGAACUAGAUAGAUAGAUACAAACACUACUUUUGCACAUUAAUGUUGAGACUAUCGGGCUGUUUUUCUUUUUUUA